AUGCGGCUGAGGCGCCUGCUCUGGUAUUGGUACUGGGACUGGGACCGGCCCAGCGGCGGAACUUCGACAUCCUGUUGUGAAGCGGCCGCCCAGUCCAAGUCCGGAGCCGAACGCUCCCGGUGCCUGACUCCGACCUGUUCACCAUCAUCGGCUGGCGGCGAGCAGCUCUCCUCGGGAGAGGCUGCGGGAGUCCAAGGGAACGGACCAGUGCGUCGGGAUUCAGACCGGGAGCAAACGAAAGGCCGCAGCAUGGAGCCCGAUCUAAAGAAACCUCCCUUGGCGCCAAAGCCCAGGCCCCCGGAUUCACAGCCCUUAGUCACUGUUCCAACGGUUCCUUUGCUUCUACUGUCUGCUCCUAAGGCCCUGAAGCCACCAAUUGCUCCAAAACCAAACCUUUACAAUGAAGUGCCAGAGGCAAACCUGAAUGCACGGAAGGGGAUUUUAAGCACGUACUCUAACGGGAGCUUUUUGGCAACCAAUCCUGUCCUGGCUAAGGGGGUUGAAGACCCAACUUAUAAAAGUUUGGGUCAGACAAAAGAUUCAGCAGCCUGUAACUUCUUCCCAGCUGCCGAUGACAGGAGCACUCUGGAAGCAGCAGCUACACUGUGCCAUGAAAAUGGGUCAUCAAUGCCUGAUGGUUAUGAAGACCAAAUAGUUCCACAGGAUGCCAGUGCUGUAAUGUCACAAGACAGAGACUUAUCAAAUGUUGACAUCUGUGGCUUUAGCAGUGCGAUGCCCGGAAAGAAUUUAGGAAACUUCAGAGUUCAGGCAAUUGCUGGAGGAGCUUUUCCCAAUAAACUUGAUGAUUGCCUGUGUCUGAAAGAUGAACUUCUAUACAAGGGCAGUGGAGAAACCACGGACAAUACAGAAUGGUGUGAAUGGCAUUCCCAGGAUGUCAGUGACGUUGCAGACAGUUCUGGCCUGGGAGCAGGAGAGGAAUGGCAUCUAUCACUCACACCAGCAACUGCCUCAGCAUCUGGAGAGGUAGAAGGACUGGAUGAGAAGAAGAAUGGUCAGAAAAAAGGGGCCGAUGGGCAGGAGGAAGGGGUAGACCUUCCCUCAGAAUGGCUGAUGGAGGGUGUGGACGGGCAAAGGGAGGGAUCAGAUUAUCCCUCAGACAUGCUGAAAGAGGAUGAAGACAGUCCCACAGACGUGCUGAAGGAAGGGGCAAAUGGGCAGGAGGAAGGGGCAGACAGUCCCUUAGAUGUGCUGAAGGAAGGGGUGGAUGGGCAGGAGGAGGGGAAGGAGGCAGACAAGCUGGAGGAGGGGACAGAUGGACAGGAGGAGGGGGCAGACAGUUCCUCAGACAUGCUAAAGGAAGGGAUGGUUGGGCAGAAGGAAGAAUUAGACAGUUUACUGGAAAAGGAGAUAGACAGACAGGAAGAGGAGGGGGCAGACAGCAUACCAGAUAUGCUGGAAGAGGGGGCAGAUAGGCUGCAGGAGGGGGUGGACGGGCAGAAGGAAGGGGCAGACAGUCACUCAGACAUACUGAAGGAGGGGCUGUACAGGCAGAUAGAAGGGACAGACAGUUCCCCAGAUGGGCCAGGAGAGGGGGCAAGCAGACAGGAGGAGAAUGGGGAGGGGCAAGAUGGACAGGAGGGGCUGGGGGAGGGGCCAGACAGACAGGAAGAGGAGGAGGAUGGGGCAGGCAAACAGGAAGAGGAGGAGGACAGGGCAGGCAAACAGGAAGAGGAGGAGAAAUGGCCAGAUGGUCAAGAGGAGGAGAAGCCUGAGCCAGAGCCGCCAGACAGACAGGAUGACAAGGCAGACAGGCAGGAAGAGGAGAGGGCAGAUAAACAAGAGAAGGGAGCAGGCGGCUCCCCAGACUGGCUAGAAGAGGGGGUAAACAGACAAGAGGUGGGGGCAGAUGAAUGGAAUGAGUGGGCAGACGUUGCCUCAAAUAGACAGGAGGAGGAGGAGGCAGAUAGCUCCCCAGAUGAAACUGACAUGCUUAUUUAUGAAGCGUUGUUACCAAGUGCCUAUAGGCCUGCUGCACCAAACAGUCUGGAUGCCACAGCCAGCUGUACAGGCAAUCUGGAGUGGGUUAGAGAGCUAGUGGGAUCUCCUGUGAUAAUGAGUAGUGAAGGGAGGUGCAGAGUUGGUGACAAAGCCAAGGGGUCUGCUAUUGGUGAGGAAGCAUCUUGUGUUAGUGAGGAGGACAAGAUGUCUGUUGCCCAUAAAUCAGAGGAGAAGUUGGUUGGAUGUGUCCCAGGGGUGGAGGGCUGGAUCUUAGAAACUGAAGGCAAUGAGGAGGGAGUUGAGAGAAGGGUCCUCACUGAUGUCAAUGCAGAGGACAUUUCUUCUAUAGCUCACCGUGCGAUAGGGUUCACUUCACGAGUUAAAUGUGGAACCACACUGAGGCGAGAUACAGAGGCAGACACAUUAGCAGGUGACAAUCUGAGUCUGGUUGGUGACCUGGCUGGGAAAGCUGUUACAGAAUGGAAAAAAGCAAGAACCAGAACACAGUCACUGAGUGCACAGGUGCCUGAGACAGUUCCUGAGGAGACAGAUCUAAUACCUGUGGAAGGACAGAGCUCUGAGAAAAGGCAGGAGCCAUUUGAAAAUACAAUGUUUGCCGCCAGCCACAAGUAUUUCAUGUUCUAUCCCCGCUCAUACUCUGUCACAGGCCGAGAACUUCCUGUUUGUGCUGACCGGGAAAUGGAGGGGUCACUUUUAGAAGACAGCAGAUUGAACAGGAAGGAAGAUAACCUGUCUCUACCAAGUGUUGCUGUAUAUGACCAGAGGCACAUUGCCACCUCUGGUGCUUCUCCACCCAGUUCAAUGCUGGACAUCCCUGCUCCUUUCCAACUGGCAAGCAUCACCAAAAAGCCCAUCACCAAAAGUUCACCAUCAGUUCUAGUUGAAACGGACUCUCCGGAUAAAUACUUUAAGCAGAGUACAAAGAAAAAGUCAUCUUUCAAGCGUUUUUUACCAAUUAAACUGUCACUUAAGAAGAAGAUUGAAAACAGGAUUACAGUUGAGGUUAAUGUCUGCAAGUCUGUGUCUGAGGCAGCCAGAGCCUUGGAUUUUGACAGGAGGAGCUUGGGAAACUCGCCACAAUUAAAAGCUCGAUCUGGAAAGAUGCGUAAAUCAGAUUCUUCAUCCGCCUUUUUAUUUUACAAGGACGGCAAAGGAAAAGGAAUGCCCAGACCCUUUAGCAGAAGUGUGUCCAGAGUCGAAUCUUUUGAAGACAGAUCUCGACACUCAUACACAUCACUUCCUCUGACCAAGCCCAGAUCCAUUUCCUUCCCCAACACAGACUCCUCUGAUUAUGAGAACAUUCCGGUUGUGAGCUCAGAUUAUGAAAAUAUACAAAUCCCUCCCAACAGGAUUGGCCAUUUAGGGACUGUCACAGAUUUCUUUGAAGAUCCCAGGAGAAAUUUCUCUUCGGCGUGUGAAAAUGAUGGUUAUGUAGACAUGAGCAGCUUUACUCCGUUGGACAACAGGCAGACAUCAGAGCAGGAGCUGGAGAGCGUGGACAGUGAGGUCCUGGCAGUGCAUCAGUCCAAUGAGGAGAUGGCCUCCAGUGAGCAGACGGGAAACAGUUCCGAGUCGGAGGAGCUGACUACACAGAGUAACACAGAAAUUAAAGGAUAUCGCAUUGCAAAAAUGAUGACCGCUUCAGAGAGAGCGUUUGUGAAUCUUCUUCAGGACCUACAUUUGAACUUCAGAGAGGUGGUCACAAGGAUCAUGGAUGAUAGUAAUGGACAGCUGGUGAUUGACCAAGAAGGAGUGACCCAUACCCUACACCUCAUCAAUGAGUUACGCACAGUUCACCAUGAGAUACUGAGAGAGCUGGAACGAAGCAUCCUGGAGUGGGAUCAGACUGGGCCGAGUUUGGGUUGUGCAUUGUCAAAAUAUGGACUAAGACUGAGCAUAUACUUCACGUAUAUUGAGCAGUUUGACAACAGUAUUGCCUUUCUGGAAGAGAGCUGCUGGAAGGCACCUGGAAUCUCCACUGCUCCCCUGCAGUCUGAGGUGCCUGUCUCAGAGUGUGCCCGUGUGAAGCAGCAGCUCUUCAGGACCCUCCGGCAAGUGUCACUCUACCAUCAUCACCUAACAGAUUAUUUAAAGUAUUUGUGUCCAGACACUACUGAAUAUGAAGACACGAAAGCUGUGCUGGUUGUCGUGGAUGAAGUCUGUGACCAGGUCCGGCUGAGUGUGAAACACGGAGAGAGCUUUCAGAAACUGCUUGACAUUGAGUACCGAGUGAAGGGCUUCCAUCAGGGUUUCCAGUCCGAUAGGAUGUUUAUCAAAGAGGGACGUCUACUGAGACUGACUGAUGGAGCCAUGCAGCCUCGAUACUGCUUCCUGCUGAGUGAUAUGUUGCUGUAUACGGUGCCAAGACGUGGUGGCAAAUGUCAGCUACGGAAGGUCCUGCCGCUGGAAACCCUAAAGGUGAGGAAGCUCUGUGCUGACACGGUGGAGAAUGUGCUCAGGAUCCAAGGUGUACAUGGAUCGCUCACCCUCUGUGCAAGCUCUGCUCAAGACUGCGACAAUUGGGUGUCUGCACUCAGCACCGCCGUGGAGGAUCUACGGAUUGUACAACUUGCGCUGGCCUUACCAGAGGAGCCCGAGGUGAACAGUUGCCUGGGAAGCACAGCGCCUGUGCUCAUCCCUGCUUCCCAUGUGCUGAUGUGUAUGCUGUGCACAGUUGGUUUCACCCUCCCAUGGAGUCGCCUGCAUUGUAACACUUGUGGGAAGGUUGUUUGUCGAACAUGCUGCAGGAACAAAUAUCCACUUGGCUAUCUGAAGGGCAGGCUGGCUCGGGUAUGUGAUCAGUGUCACAAGCAGCUGCAGAGGACAGGCUCCCAGAAGGAAGCGGUCCUUCAGCCACCACUGGCUCACUCACCCACCAAACGCUUCUCCUCCAUGUUCAACAUUCUUCACACACCACACAGUGGCAAACAGAGGACAAAACAAGUGGCUUGGCUAGAGACAGCAAGCUCACAUGAAGGGGUGUCAAUGAGCGGCGAUCUUCAGAGACGGAAAGCAAGUAGACGGCAAUGGAAGAAGCUUUGGUUUGUCAUACAUGAUAAGGUUUUGUACACGUACAGGAGUAGAGAGGACAAAGUUGCUGCAGAGACUUUGCCUCUCCUGGGCUUCACCAUCAAACAAUGGAAGGAUGGGGAGUCCUAUGCACCCAGUGCAGAGUUCCAGCUCUACCAUAAGACCAGCCUUUACUAUUCUUUCAAAGCUGAGGAUAUCCACACAGCACAGAGGUGGAUUGAAGCCAUGCUUGAUGCAUCUGUGUUAUAGCAGCCAAGGUGCCUCCUCACAUUGAUACACUCCUUACUUGUUUGAUCCUUCAGUAGCAGUGCAAUGGGACCACUGUGAUCCACUGAUGUGCUCGAGUAUCUUUACAUCUCAAGAUGAUUCUUCAUUGAAUGUAUCUGAUGGAGAAUGAUUGGAGUUGUGUACAUCUGCUGAUGUCCAGCGUUCCACACAGCCUUUCAACUACAGGACCAUUUUAACAUUUUGCUGCUUUUCUGAUUGAAUAUCAGCUAUCCUGAGCUGGGUUAUCUUGUGGAGUGGGUGAUGAUGGUAUCGACACAGAUCCCUGAGUAGAUCAAUUUAUGAAGUACUGUAAACCCUCGAGGUCUGAUUUUAAAUGUCCCUACAGGCUACUUGAUAUCCUCAGCAGAAAAACACUAUAUUGUGAAGGUGUGCUGAGCAAGAAUAGAUUAAAGAUCUGCAUUAUUCAUGUUCAGAAAUAGAAGGUCAAACUGGGAUUAUCAUUUGUGAUUAAUCCCAAGGAGAGUGGAUGCUUUCUAGUGAUUUUCAGCCGGGUGUUGUGCAUGGAUUGGGACUUUUCAGUUGGUGUCAUUAUUUGGGAGCACUGUCUUUCACUCCUACAUUUUCUAGUGGAAUAUUUGAUGAGAAUUAUUUGAGAUAAAUGCAGCUUAAUGGAAAUCUAUGUACAAACUCAGUGUUUGUGUGUGUCUGUCUCAUUUGUGAACCAAUGGAAAUCUGAAGUGAAAUCCUGUUGCCAGAAGGAAGACAACAUGCUUGACAACAACCUCAUAUUGACUCACAGCAACACAGUUUGCAAACCUACAACACUCAAUUGGAAAUUAAAGGUGGGCCAAACUGGUGAGAUGGCUGUAGAUCAGGGUCCUUUGGAAAAGGUGAGGGUGGAGAUGAGGUAGAAGAUGAGGAGUGGAAGCUGAGCUUAGCUGUAGAAGUUGCUUGUGUGCUAGUGAACAAGAUAGAAAUCAUUUUACAGAUUUUAUGCCUGAAUGUAAACUUGCAGAGACCCUGAAGAUGGAAUGAAUGUCACAGAAAACAAAUUCUAUGUACUAUGUGCUGAGUAGAAAUCCAUCUGAAUAAUAAUCCAUUCUAUUUAUGUUACACAAUUAUACACAGGCUGAAGUUGAUGCCUGAUGGUGAAGGAAGCCAAGGGAAGUUUGAGUGAAAAGUAUGAGGUAUUAAUGAACAUUUGAAAACCAGUGUAAUUUAUUCAAUGAAUAGCAUUUUGGCAUCAUAUAAGUUGUUAAGUGAACUUCCUUUUAUCAGCAAACAUCUACCACAAUCUGAGUCUCAAUAUGAGCUUUCAUUUAAACCCAUUGUCUUACAUCCUCUUCCUUCAGUCUAACAAUUGUUGCGAGCAGGGUUCCAUAGUGCAGGAAAGUCACCAUGACAUGCUACUCUCAUAUGUAGACACUGCUAAAUUUUCCAGGCUCCUCUAGGAAUGCAGGGGUAACCUUCCACCACUUCUCAGUGAAGAGUUGAUUAUCUUACCAAUUUAUUGAAUAAUAAUAUAAUGCAGGGCAUCUUCAAAAAGUUCUUACUUCUUUCUAAUAAAACAUUCAAGUGGUUCAGUACUUUAAAAAGUUUAAAGGUACACUUAAUGUCAGAGAAAUGUAUACAAUAUACAUCCUGAAAUUCUUUUUCUUCACAAACAUCCAUGAAAACAGAGGAGUACCCCAAAAAUGAAUGACAGUUAAAUGUUAGCCCCAGCUUCCUCCACCCAUGCAUAAGCAGCAGCAAAGCACCAAUCCCCCCUCUUCCAUCAGUUAAAAAAGCAAUGGCAACCCCACCAAGCACUCAAGCGUGCAGACACAGACUUGCAGUACCCCAAAGACCACUCAUUCACCUGGUAAUUCGACGUACCACAGGCUCUCUCUCUCUCUCUCCCUAAUAAAGGAAUAAGAGGUGUCACCAUUUCACAGCAAAAGGGGGGACAUAACAAACAACUUGCUGAUUUACGAUGUUAUAAGCCUGUUGUAUCACUUUUUCUGAGCUCUCUGUCCAAAGAACUCAGGUCUCUGGGCACACAGCCAGCAGUCAGCUCGCUGCCUUUGAUCUUCCAUGUGCAUCCAAUACAAACCAGUUUCCUGCAGCAGCACCACCAUUAAGUCCGCCCACCUCCAAAGCCACAAAACUCAGCGGGUUUGUCUUUAAGUGCAGGGUGCUUGGACUCAAGCUGCCAAAGCAAAACCCUGAGGUGGUGCCCGCCCUCCUUGUAGUUAGGUAGGAUUUAUUGGCCAACAAAAGUUUGGCUCAAGGGAUGACUUUCAGUAGGUCGCAGCGAGGUAGCUGCUCUGCUACUUACAAAACCCUGAGCCCAAAUUAGGUUGAAUGUGAAUAUUUUAGCACCGGGCGUGAAAGGAAAUGAGGAAAGGUGUAGCUGACUCAUAUCGCCAUAUCAUAUCAUUUCCUCACGGCACAGUGGUUGAGGACAGCUGGCAUAGAACACAGAGCGUAGACAAUAUAGCAUAGAAUAUAGAACAGAGCAUAGACCAUAAUCCUUAACCAUAGACCAUAAAACAUAGAGCAUAGAACAUCGACCAUAGAGCAUAGACCAGACAGUAGAGAAUACAGUACAUAGAGAAUCAUAGAGCAUAGAUCAUAGGGCAUAGACCACAGAGCAUAGACUACAGACAAUACACCAUUGUGCAUAGAUUAUAGAACAUGGACCAUAAAUCACAGAACACAGAGAACUGACCAUAGAACAUAGAGUGUAGAUGAUAGAGCAUAGACCACAGAAUACAGAGGAAGGACCAUCAACUACAGGACCAUAGAAUAUAGAGCAUGGACCACAGAGGAUAGAUCACAGGCCACAGAGCAGAGAGCAUAGAUCAUGGACCAUAGGGAAUAAACCAUACUCAAUAGAUUACAGAACAUAGAGCAUGACACAUCGGCCAUAGAACAUAGAGCACAGAGCCUAGACUACAGACCUUAGAUGAUAGAGUAGAGGGCAUAGUCAAUGGAACAGGGAGCAUAGAUCAUACAGCAUAAACCAUAGACCGUAUACCAUAGUGCAUAGAACAUAGAAAAUGGAUAAAGAGCACAAAGUUCAGAGCCCUGUUAGCAGCAGAUAGAAAAACAUCAUUUUAGAUUGCUCCUACCCUACUUACUUUUUUGUCUCCUACCAGGUUUUUUUUUGAAACCUUAUUAUAAUACUUUAAUACUGUUCAACUAUGGCUGGGAAAAGAACAAAAGCUUUAGCAAAAGGAAGAGAAACAGAAGAUACAUCCCCAGUCACUUUGGAUUCAAUCAUUGACUUCCUUAAAUGGCAAAAAUUGGAAUUUUCUGAGGAGUUUCAAAGACUUAAUGGCAAAUUGGAUACAAUCCAACAAACUUUAACUGAGCAUGAGAACCGAAUUCAGGAAAAUACUGCAAAGUUUGUGACACUUGAAGCGGAUGUUAAAGAUAUAAUUAAACUCUACAAAGAGUUAUCCUUAGCCAAUGAAAAAAUGAUGAAAAGGAUUAUCAGUCUAGAAAAUAGAAACAGGAGAAAUAACUUGCGAAUUCUGGGUCUUGAAGAAUCAAUUGAAGGCACUGACCCUACGAAGUUCUUUGGAAACUUUCUGAAACAGUUAUUCCCUGUUUUAUUCACUUCUGAGCCAAAGCUCAAUCGAGCAUGUUGCUUGGCGACUUUGAAGCCUUUGUCGUCAGCAGCGAGACCCAGGUCAGUCAUUCUAAGUUUUCAUGAAUUUCAUAUUAAGGACCUUUUAAUUCGCCAUACCCGUCGACUAUGAAUGAUUGAUUUCCAUGGCUACGAGGUCAGAUUUGUGGAAGACUAUUCGCCUGAAGUUAUGGCUGAAUGUACGAAAUAUUAAGAAGUUAUGUCGGAACUUUACAAUAAAGGAUUUAAACCAUCCCUUCAGUUUCCUGCCUGUCUGAGUAUUGUUCUGAAGAACUGAUUGCAAAGAAGAAUGAAGUUGGUUUAAGGCGCAAAAGAGUUUCUGAAGGCUGAAGUCUAAAACUUAUACUUCAUAUCCAAUCAAUUUUUUCUUCUGUUAAUAUGAAUUUGAAAUGUUUCAAUAAGCUUAUGUUUUGGCUGUUUGUUAUAUAUUUUUUGAUACUUUUUUAUUAUAUCCCAUUUUGAGGCUUUAUUUUAACAUAGUUUUCUUUGAAUUUGUUUAAAUUGACCCUUUUAUAUUUUUGAAUACUGAGUUAUUUUUAUUUUUAUGUUGUGGCUUGAUAGGGACAUAAUUGACCUUGAAGGACCAGAGUUUCUGUCAGCAGGAUUUUUUGGGGAGGAAACUUAGUUGUUAGCUCGCUGACUGUCUAUUGGUCAGCCUUCUGGCUUUGGGUGGAGGAGGGGCUAGGGCCUAUAUCUUUCUGGGAGCUGUGUUGGGUUGGUUAUAUGAUUGCCUGUUUGACUACCUUACCUUACAAUUUGCUUUUUAGUUUUAAUAGCUUAUGGCCAGAUCUUUUAAUUGCAUAAUGAUUUGUAUUUAAAAUGGUUGAAAUAUUAACUUAUUUAGUUUGAAUGUGAAAGGGCUGAAUCACCCCAUUAAACCGGACAAAGAGUUUGCUUAUAUUAAAAAAUUAAAAGCACCUAUUAUUUUCUUACAAGAAACACAUAUACGCAGCUGUGAUUGUUUACCUUUUUUUUACUCGAUGGAAGGGUAUGCAAUUCCAUUCUUUGUUUAAUGCAAAAUCACGUGGAGUUUUGAUUUUUGUAGAUAAUAGUUUCCUUUGUUCGGCAUAAAGUUAUUUCAGAUCAUAAUGGUCGAUGUGUUAUUGUAUCAGGGAGUUCAGACAAUAAAUUGAUUAUUUUUGCUAAUGUAUAUGCCCCCAACGUAGACAAUCCAGGAUUUUUUGAACACCUAUUUUCGUUUUUCGCAGAUUUAUGUACUUACUCUCUUAUAAUGGGAGAUUUUAACUGCUGAUUAGUUCCAGUAUUAGAUCGCUCAUCUGUCAAACCAGCCACACUUAAUAAAUCAGCUUUG